AUGCCAUUCUUAGAGCCCCAGCCCAAGAUCCUUAUAACCGGGGCCGGCAUCGGCGGCCUGACAACGGCACUUUCUCUACACGCCGCUGGCUUCACAAACAUCCACCUUUUCGAGGCCUCGCCACAGCUUACCACUCUCGGGGUUGGAAUCAACGUUCAGCCUUCUGCUGUACUUAUUCUUCGCAACCUCGGCUUACUCGAGGCUCUCGAAAAGACUGGCAUCAAGACCCAAGAGCUGAACUUUUACAACCGCCAUGGACACCCCAUUCUCAGCGAGCCAAGGGGCCUCAAGGCGGGUUAUACAGUUCCGCAGCUGAGUAUCCAUCGUGGUGAAUGCCAAAUGCUUCUAUUGAGCGCUGUCAAGGAGCGACUAGGCGAGAGCGCAGUCAACCUCAACCAUGCCCUGACGGGGUUCUCUCAGGACUCUAAGAGCGUCACGGCCGACUUCUCCCAACGUCGGGAUGGCGCGCUGGCAGCGCAGUCCAGCGUAACGGGCGAUAUCCUGAUCGCCGCCGACGGAAUCAAUUCGACCGCACGGAGGAUCCUCUACCCGAACGAAGGCCCGCCACGAUUCUCUGGCCGCAUGCUCUGGCGCGGCUGUUUGGAACGCGUCCCGUACCUCACCGGCGCGUCAAUGGUGUGGGCCGGCCACGCCGACCAGAAGUUCAUCGCCUACCCGAUCAGCCAACGAUCGGCGGACAACGGCAAGAGCCUUGUGAACUGGAUCGCCGAACUGCGGAUCAGAGACAAGAACGAUGAAGAUCUUACGCCCCCAAAGACCGAUUGGACAAAGGCCGUCGAUAAGUCUGCGUUCGAGAGCCAGUUCCGCGAAUGGCGAUGCGGUGGCCUCAAUGUGAAGGACCUCAUCGACCAGACGGACAAGGUGUUUGAGUUCCCCAUGAGCGAUCGUGAUCCGGUUGAACGUUGGAGCUUCGGCAGGCUUACCCUCCUCGGGGACGCCGCGCACGCCAUGUACCCUAUCGGAUCCAAUGGCGCGUCGCAGGCCAUCAUCGAUGCGGAGACGCUGACGAAGCUUCUCAGCGAGAACCCGGAUGAUGUGGAGGGAGUGCUGAAGGCGUACGAGGCUAAGAGAUUGCCGGCUACAGCCAAGAUUGUGAUGGCGAACCGGGGUAAUGGACCGGACCACGUCUUGCAAAUAUGCGAGGAGAGAGCGCCCGAUGGCUUCAAGAAUGUGUACGAUGUCGUUCCCAAGGACGAGUUGGAGGACAUCGGGAGGGUGUACAAGAAGGUUGCCGGGUUCGAGAUGGAGAGUGUGAACAUCAAAGCUAGAGAGACUGAGGGUGCCAGUGAGAGAUUACGACUGCAAAGUCCCAAGGAUUGGAUUUGA